GAUCGAUCGACCUCCGCUUUCGCGAACGCCAUGAAGCCUUACGGCGGGAUGUACCAGAGCCACGGCCGCCAAGCGCGGGGCGCCUCUCACAGCAACGACGUCGCCGGCAGCGGCACCGUCGGGCCGCCGGCCUUCGUCUCCGCGCUCCCCGUCCCCGACGACCCGCUCGACGGCGUCAUGCAGUGCCUCGGCGACGGCGCGGAGGAUGGCUUCGCCGGCGGCGCGUGGUUCGACGACUUCCGCGGCGGGAGCAUGGACAUGUGGACGCGCGCCGGGGUGGAUAAUCUGGAAAUGCUGCUGGGGGACCUCCCGGACUCGGAGAUGACAACGUCCGUCGACAUCGGUACCCACAGCGCCACAGGAACGACCCCGACGCCGACAGGACCCAAAGCUGUAACCACUGUGCCGGACAGGCCAGCCGUGGCGACGAACCGCUCAUCGUUCAGGAACCGCAUGGACGAGGACGAGGACGACCUAUAUGCAAUGUCGUCGAGCGACUCCUCGUCAGAGGAGGACGACGACGACGCCCACUGGGACCCAUCCGAGUGCAGGAAGAGUGACGGCGCGAGACGCCGGCCGCAGAAGCACCAGAGCGGCACCGCGGCAGAGAGGAGGCAGCAAACGGAAACCGUCGUGCGGUCGGUGGUGCCGCGCGGCGUGGUGAUCACCGUGGAGGGCGGAGGCGGUGGCAACGGCAGGCACUGGUGCCGCAACUGCGGCAUCUUGGAGACCCCACUGUGGCGCGCUGGCCCGGAGGGGCCCAAGACGCUGUGCAACGCGUGCGGUUUGCGGCAUAAGAACAAGCUGGCGGCGCCGCCGACCACUAAGCGCCCGCGUGCGGCGAAACCAAAUAGCGCCAAAAGCAAGAACCACUCCGGCAUGCACUUGGCGGGCGGUGCGACGGUGGUGAGGAAGAAGCGCAGUGCCGCAAAUCGCACAGACUGAUUAAACCUGGCGCACGAAAAUUAUGACACGAACCUAUUCAGUCAGUCAUCGUGGUAUUAAUUAGUACUCCGUCUUGUGACUAAACGUAAGAAGUUUAUUGCAUUUAGAUAGAGAGAUUGUAUUACUAUUUCUUUCAGAGAUAAUCUUUCAGAUGUAAUUAGUAUUCUUGAUUGGUUACAUGGGAGAGCAAGAUUAUAUGCACAUGUGCAUCAACUAUUGCUUUCUAUUUUCAGUUGCAUGAUUUAGAUAGAAAC